CGGACAGUCUGUGACACUGCAAUGCAAACAAGAUACCGAGGGCGUUGUCGACUCAUUAUACUAAGGGAUACGUGCUGAUUUUGAUGUAGUUGAUGAUUGCCUAGUAGUACAAGUGAUCAGCAAAUAAGACUCACGUAGAAAAACCUUACGAUUAAAACAGGCAUGCUAGCAAACUCGUUUACUGCUAACUAGCAUAGCUGGCUAUAGCUAACGUUAAGGUGCAUAAGUAAUUAUUACCGAAGGUGAAUCCUCACAGUUCGGGUAAAUUCGAUUGUUAUCAAAUAAACAAGCCGUAUCACUGCCAUAGCUGUAUGUUUAUCCUGCACGAACUCCAGCUAGCAUUAGCAUUAUAUGUAGGCAGCCAGCCAGAAAUACUCAGUUACAUUUCCGAAACUUCCUGAUCAACUCGUCGCAGCGACCAGACAGUCGAGCAGUUGACUUAGUUUUACUUGUUUUGUAGGCUGUUCUCCGUUGUAGUGUAAGGGAGAUGUGUUCCGUAGUCUUGAAUACAGUCAGACCAGCUCUGGCCCGCACCGUCUUACAACGAACAGAAGGGCACUCGCGCGGAUUUCUAGCCGGGCUUGCGCGCAUUAGCCCAGGCACGGACAGAGUGACGCAGCCCGGGGGAAAUGGGAUUAGACACUACGGUUCACGGAUGGAGCCGGACAGAGAACUAAUAUUCAGACAGCUGUUUGAGCCUACUAGCAGUACCUACACGUAUCUGCUGGGGGACGAAGAGACCAAGGAGGCAGUUAUCAUCGAUCCGGUCCUGGAGAUGGUGGACAGAGAUGCCAAGUUGAUCGAAGAGCUGGGCCUCACGCUGAAAGUGGCAGUCAACACCCACUGCCAUGCAGACCACAUCACCGGCACCGGCCUGUUGAAGAAGAGGCUGCACGGGAGCAAGAGCGCCAUCUCUCUGCUGAGCGGAGCAAAUGCGGACAUCUUGUUUUCUGAGGGAGACUUCAUCCCCUUCGGCAGACAUGCCCUGAUGGUGAAAGAGACCCCUGGACACACUGACGGCUGCCUGACCUUCAUUCUGGGGGACCUGUCCAUGGCCUUUACCGGGGAUGCCCUGCUCAUCAGAGGCUGUGGCAGAACGGACUUCCAGCAGGGCUGCUCCAAGAGGCUCUACGAGUCCGUCCAUCAGAAGAUUUUCACCCUGCCUGCACACUGUCUCAUCUACCCUGCGCAUGAUUACAAAGGUCAGACAGUCUCCUCUGUGGCAGAGGAGAAGAAGUUUAACCCCCGCCUGACCAAGCCGCUGGAGGAGUUUGUGACCAUCAUGGCCAAUCUCAAUCUGCCCAAGCCGGCACAGAUCGAUAUCGCAGUGCCGGCCAACCUGGUGUGUGGACUUCACGAAGUGUGAAACUCAAGAGGCAAGAGAGGAUUGAGUGUGAGAAUAAUUACUUAGUCUCUAUCAUAAUACAUAUAUUUUAAUGUAAUAAACCGUAUUUAAUUGUGGACCUAAACAGAGCAGACAAUCAUUGGAUUAGUAUAGUUGAUCAUUUGAUAUUAAUGAUAUUCAUUAAGUUGGUGAAAAUUAUAUUUUGGAGGUAUUGCUUUUUCAUAAUUCUUAAAGAAAUCAGUCAUACUGUUGCCUUAAUAUUUUAGCGUGAUGAGAUGUAUCUAUUAUCAAUAUAAAGCAAUGUGUGCACAUUUACUGGAGAGCUGUUUAUUUUGUGAAUAAAUUUAAUCAUUUAAAAAUU